GUAACCUUCAAUCUUUUUACUAAGAAAAAUGUCGUCUGCGCGCAUACUCUAAGAAAGAGCUUCGUUCUGGUCUUGUGCAAUAAUUUGCUGAAGAGUGCAGAGGGUUUUAAUAACUUCAUUUUUAAACAGGCUGAACAACAUUCUUGAAGAUAACCAUGAGGCAAUAGUUUAAAGUAGUUCAACUUCGGUCACGCAAGAAAGGAGUAAGACACAUUUUGUAGCGAAUGAGAAAAGGAGGCUUUAUUUAUGGACCAUGGUAGUAUGGUUUAAACUGCACACUGGGCUCAAUGUUGUUCCUAAAAAUACAGCAAAAUGUUCUUCUUUCUCAUCAUCUUCGGACUCCUCACCUGCACCUUAGGCCAAAAAUCUCACCAGUAUCACAUAAUAAGCAUAGGAAAGAACUGGACUGAAGCUCAGAGUUACUGCCGAGCAACGUACACAGAUCUGGCAACUGUAAAUAAUGCAGAUGAGAUGAACAGCUUGUUCAAAAGCAUAUCAGAUGUGUCACAAGAUAUGUAUUUUGGACUUUAUAGAGGUCAAGUGUUUAGAUGGCACUGGUCUCUGACAGACACUUCUUACAAAAACUGGAAAUCUGGAAUUUCAGAUGGAAAUCAAGAGGCUUGUGCCGUAAUGGAUGGGACCAAUGGAAAGUGGUUCAUUGAUAAAUGUGAUUCAAAGAGACCAUUUGUCUGUUUUAAUGCAACAGCCAGUAAAAAGUUUAUUCUCAUUACUGAUAACAAGCCCUGGACGGACGCCCAAGAAUAUUGCAGAACCUUUCACACAGAUCUAGCCAAUCCCAAAGACUCCUCAGAAAAUCAAGACGUCAAAAACACUGCAAAGAUAAAUGUGUGGAUUGGAUUAUUUAAGGACUCUUGGACGUGGUCGGAUCAGAGCAGCAUAUCCUUUCGUUUCUGGAGCUCCAGUCUAUCAAGCAGCCCCAGCAGUGGUCAGGAUUGUGCUUCAGUAAUGGUGAACCAAACAGGGAGAUGGAAUGAGGUCCAAUGUAGUGUCCCUCUGUACUUCAUCUGUCAUGGUGAUCUGAAAUCUCAACCAACCACUAAACCAAUGACACGACCAGCAGCCACUCAGAAUCACAACACCACAUCUUUUGCACCUUCAUCUUCCCUUACGCCACCUCAAAACAUUACAGAGAAGAAAAAUACAGACACACAACCAACACAAAUACUACACACAACCACAAAUAACACAACAGGUGCAGUAAAGGAUAACUUGAUUCUGGUGAAUGAAAACAUGACAUGGCUGGAAGCUGUUAGUUAUUGCAGAAAGCAUCAUGUGGACCUGGUCUCCAUUCACAGUCAAGAGCUUCAAGAUAGGACAGCACAGAAAGCCACCCAGGCCUCCACUUCCCACAUAUGGCUUGGUCUCCGUUAUACAUGCAAAUUCAACUUCUGGUUCUGGAUAAAGAACACAGAAACUGGCUGCUACCAGAACUGGGCACCUGGCCAUGGGCCAUAUGGUUAUAAGGAGUGUGAACUGUCAGGAGCUAUGGAGUCCACUGGGGGGCAUCAGUGGGUAGGGAGACCAGGGAGCGACAGGCUUAAUUUCAUCUGUUAUAAUUGUGUAAAUUGCCAGUUAUGCAAUGAUGUAUUUUAA